AUGUCUAGUGUUACUUACUUGCAACGUUUCUCUAGCGCUUUCCGUGAAAACCAGUCGCAUCUAAAGCUUGUACUUCUUUGCACCGUCGUAAGUGGUGGUGGUCUUUUGGCUUAUGGUGAGAAUGCUGCACCUGAGGAGGCAGUUACCGAGAAGAAAAAGGUGGUGGUGCUGGGAACUGGUUGGGCUGCCACAAGUUUCUUGAAGAAUCUGAACAAUCCGAAAUAUGAGGUUCAAGUAGUUUCGCCACGUAACUACUUUGCUUUCACUCCUUUGUUGCCUAGCGUUACGUGCGGGACCGUCGAAGCACGCAGCAUUGUUGAACCAGUUCGCAACAUUUUUAAGCAGAAAAAAGUGGACGUACAAUUCAGUGAAGCAGAAUGUUUCAAGAUUGAUGCAGAAAAUAGGAAAGUUUACUGUCGAUCUAGUUUGAACAAUAAUUUGAAUGGGAAAGAAGAAUUUGUCGUGGAUUAUGACUACUUAAUAAUCGCGGUGGGCGCUAAUGUGAACACAUUUAACACUCCAGGAGUGACAGAGAAUUGCCAUUUUCUCAAAGAAGUUGAAGAUGCUCAAAAGAUUAGAAGAUCAGUUAUUGACUGCUUCGAGAGAGCAAAUUUGCCCGAUAUAAGUGAAGAUGAGAAGAAAAGAAUUCUUCAUUUUGCUAUUGUUGGAGGUGGACCAACUGGAGUGGAGUUUGCAGCCUCACUUCAUGAUUUUGUCAAUGAGGAUUUGGUCCGUUUAUAUCCUGGGAUAAAAGAUCUGGUUAAAAUUACUCUUCUGGAGGCUGCAGAUCAUAUAUUGGGCAUGUUUGACAAGCGAAUCACUGUUUUUGCUGAAGACAAGUUUCGGAGAGAUGGGAUCGAUGUGAAAACAGGAUCCAUGGUUGUUAAGGUAUCUGAGAAGGAAAUUUCUACUAAAGAACUGAAAAAUGGAGAGAUUAAGACAAUUCCGUAUGGAAUGGCUGUCUGGUCAACUGGUAUUGGCACUCGUCCAUUUAUUAAAGAUUUUAUGACUCAAAUCGGUCAGGCUAGCAGGCGUGCUCUAGCUACUGACGAAUGGUUGAGAGUUGAAGGGUGCAACAAUGUGUAUGCGCUCGGUGAUUGUGCUACGAUAAACCAACGAAAAGUCAUGGAAGAUAUUGCAGCGAUCUUUAAGAAGGCCGACAAAGAUAAUUCAGGAACACUCACGGUCAAAGAAUUUCAAGAGGUCAUGAAAGACAUCAGUGAAAGAUACCCUCAGGUUGAGCUAUAUCUGAAGAAUAAACAGAUGGGCAAUAUUGCUGAUUUAUUGAAGGAAGCCAAGGGGGGUGAUAAAAAUAAAUCGAGUGAACUGAAUAUCGAAGAACUUAAAACAGCACUUUCCAAAGUGGAUUCUCAAAUGAAAUUUCUUCCUGCUACAGCCCAGGUUGCAUCUCAGCAAGGCACUUACCUGGCCAAGUGUUUUAACCGGAUGGAAGAGAGUGAAAAAAAUCCAGAGGGUCCACUCAGGUUCAGGGGAGAAGGUCGCCAUCGGUUCAAACCCUUUAGGUACAAGCAUUUAGGUCAAUUCGCUCCUUUGGGAGGAGAGCAGACAGCAGCCCAGCUUCCUGGUGAUUGGGUUUCAAUUGGUCAUAGCAGUCAAUGGCUGUGGUAUUCUGUAUAUGCAAGCAAGCAAGUAAGCUGGCGUACAAGAGCAUUGGUGGUUUCAGAUUGGACAAGACGUUUUAUUUUUGGAAGGGACUCGACCGAACUGGAACAGCCAAGACACGCCAGCAAUUUUCAACCUCAGGUUGAAUACUCCCCUGUUUUGAAGUAG